UCAUUCAUAAUCCUUACCUUAUAUUUCUUAAUUAUCUCAUUCAUAAACAUAAUGGGUUCAAUAACUUUUAUGGCGGUGGGAAUCAUAUUUUUGUUGUCAUUAACAAUUAUGCCCUCAUCAGCACAACAAGCUUCUCUAUGUUGGGAGAACAUUACACCUUGUUUGGAAACUGCUAGAGCUCAAAAUUAUGCACCCGCUGCGUUACAACCGUGUUGUCCAGCUAUAUCAAGCGCUGUUAUGAACGACACGGCAUGCUUCUGUCUCGCCAGGACUGAUAUAGUUUCACAGCGUAAUGCUCGAAAUAUUUAUAAUAAUAUAAUUUUCACAACGUGCGAAAUUACUACUACGUUUGAUGCAAUAUGCCCCGAUACUACUUCGCCAACCCCAAGCGAAUCUCCAUCAACCCCAGAUGAUGCAGAUACUCCUUCACCAACCCCGAGCGAAGCUCCAUCAACCCCAGAUGAUGCAGAUACUCCUUCACCAACCCCGAGCCCAAGUCCAUCAACCCCAGAUGCAGAAAUGGGCAACUAGCUAGUACUUCAGACAAUGGUGGCUCCCAAAAGAUCUCAAGCAAAUCAAUUUCAGGCAUGUUCAUGAUCAUAUAAAUAAAUGUAUCGUUGUAGUGGAGAUGAAGGCGCAGAUGUUCUUCGUUAUUUUUUUUGUCUUUGUAAUAAUUGGUGCUAAGUGAUGACACGUCCUAUGCUUCUUUUUUUUCAAAAAUUAAUAAAUGGGUGACUGUUGUAUGCUUUUGUUAAUAAAUUCGGUUUUAGGCCA